UUACGUUUACAAAUAAACUCUACGUAUUCUAAAAUAACAAACCUUUGUCUCAGCAUACUAACUUAUACUUUGCUGUAUUAUUGUCCAAGCUCUAAUCACAGCGAUAUUAAUAAGGGUGCAACGUUUCGAUAGGUUGUUGUUAUUUAUAGACUUGCUUGCUCCCACCUCCUUGUCGUCUUUACGGUCUCGACCGAUCCCUCUGUCAGUUUCAAGUUGCGCCUUCUUCUCUGCUGUGUGGCUCCCUGCUCUGGCCUGAACUAGCAUUACCCACUUAAAUAACACGCCGAUACUGUGGCUUUUACGGGGGAAUCUGGAUCUACACACGGACAUGGAUUAAUUCCCGGUAUAUAUGAGUGGAUGAUAAACACAUACGACUCAAAGAAUAAAGAUGCCUGAGGCUGGAAGUUAGAGCCCCCCACCACAGAGAGCGUGUUUCACAGCUGGGGCUGGACCCAGAGACCCCUGCCUCAGGGGUGAAGGGCCCUGACAGCCCUGUGUGAAUCUGGACCAUGGGGGAUGGAGGUGCCGGUGCAGCUGGAGGAGAUGGGGUGAACCGGUCCCAUGUCCUGUUUGACAGCUUUGUCCAGGCGACCACCUGUAAGGGCACGCUCAAGGCUUUCCAGGAGCUGUGCGAUCACCUGGAAGUCAAGCCCACAGAGUCCAGGAUCUUCUAUCACAAGCUCAAGUCCAAACUCAACUACUGGAAGGCCAAGGCACUCUGGGCAAAGUUAGAUAAGAGGGCCAGCCAGAAGGAGUACAAGAAGGGCCGUGCCUGUGCCAACUCCAAGUGUCUGAUCAUUGGUGCGGGACCAUGUGGCUUGCGUACAGCAAUCGAACUGGCUUUUCUGGGAGCCAAAGUGGUGCUGCUGGAGAAGAGGGAUGCCUUCUCCAGGAACAAUGUGCUCCACCUCUGGCCCUUCACCAUCCAAGACCUCAGGGGCCUCGGGGCCAAGAAGUUUUAUGGAAAGUUCUGUGCUGGUGCUAUCGAUCAUAUCAGUAUUCGUCAGCUUCAGCUAAUGCUGCUCAAAAUGGCUCUCUUGCUGGGCAUUGAGAUCCAUGUCAACGUAGAGUUCAAGGCUCUUAUUGAGCCCCCGGAAGAUCAAGAGACUGAAAGGAUAGGUUGGAGGGCCGAGGUCCACCCCAGGACACACCCUGUCAACGAGCUGGAGUUUGAUGUCAUCAUUGGAGCAGACGGAAGGAGAAACACCCUACCAGGGUUUCGGCGUAAGGAAUUCCGGGGCAAGCUUGCCAUUGCCAUCACUGCUAACUUCAUCAACAGGAACACAACAGCAGAAGCAAAGGUUGAAGAGAUCAGUGGGGUGGCCUUCAUCUUCAACCAGAAGUUCUUUCAAGACCUCAGAGAAGCAACAGGUAUUGACCUGGAAAACAUUGUCUACUACAAGGAUGACACGCACUACUUUGUGAUGACUGCCAAAAAACAGAGCCUGCUGGAGAAAGGAGUCAUUCUGCAUGACUAUGCAGACACAGAGCUGCUGCUGUCGAGAGCUAAUGUGGACCAGGCUGCGCUGCUGUCUUAUGCCCGUGAGGCUGCGGAUUUCUCCACCAACCAUCAGCUGCCCACUCUAGACUUUGCCAUCAACCACUACGGCCAGCCAGAUGUAGCCAUGUUCGACUUCACCUGCAUGUAUGCUUCAGAGAAUGCCGCCAUGGUGCGCCAACGCCAUGGUCACAAGCUGCUGGUGGCGCUCGUGGGCGACAGCCUGUUGGAGCCCUUCUGGCCCAUGGGCACUGGCAUCGCCCGAGGUUUCCUGGCAGCCAUGGACUCGGGGUGGAUGGUGAGGAGUUGGGCUCAGGGAAAAACCCCUCUUGAGGUGCUGGCUGAGAGGGAGAGUAUUUACCGUCUGCUGCCCCAAACCACACCUGAAAACGUCAACAAGAACUUCAGUCAGUACAGCCUGGAUCCUACCACACGCUACCCCAACAUUAGCCUUAACUUCCUCAAGCCCAGCCAGAUGAGGCACCUCUGUGACACAGGGGAGUCCAGGGAAAUGUGGAUUGAAAUUGAAAAUGUGAUCAACUCGUCAACACCCAAGUUGGCCAGGAAUGAAUCCAUAGCACGAUCCAGUAAACUGCUGAACUGGUGCCAGAGACAAACAGAGGGGUACAGGAAUGUUAAUGUAACCGAUCUGACUAUGUCUUGGAAGAGUGGCUUGGCUCUAUGUGCCCUCAUUGACCGAUACAGACCGGAUCUCAUUGACUUUGAUUCCCUGGACGAGCGAGACCACGAGAAGAACAACCAGCUGGCCUUUGACGUGGCGGAGAGGGAAUUUGGCAUCUCACCCUGCAUGACUGGCAAGGAGAUGUCCUCUGUCGUAGAGCCAGACAAACUCUCUAUGGUCAUGUACCUCAGCCAAUUCUAUGAGAUGUUUAAGGAUACAGUGCCACCUGGAGAUAAUCACAACUUGAGUCCUGAAGAGAAGGCUGCACUGAUAGCCAGCACCAAAUCUCCCAUCUCCUUCCUCAGCAAACUUGGUCAGAGCAUAGCAAUUUCCAGGAAACGAAAUCCAAAGGACAAAAAAGAGAAGGAUGUUGACGGUUUGGGGAAGAGAAGGAAAACCAGCCAGUCUGAAAAUGAGGAGGUAUCCAGGGGCGGUCGUGACGACAAGCCGUCUGUCCCAACUAUCCUGUCAGAGAAAAAAAUGGAGACCUCUGCUGUAGGGAACAACAACAAAGUCAAGGUCAUGGCCACCCAGCUGCUUGCCAAGUUUGAGGAGAACGCUCCAGCGCAGCAUACAGGACUCAAGCGACAGGGAGAGUCUCUGCCCAAUCUGGACUGCCUUUUGCCCCUUACCCUGCCCCAAACCCCUGUGAAUGAGCCAGAACGGCUGGCACCAGUCCCAGCAUGGAGGAAGGCCAGAAGUGGUGCAGACCAACAGUCCACCUCGGGCUCUCGGAGCUGCCCAAAGAAAACCAUUCUGCUCCCUUCUUCCUCCUCCACUUCCUCACUCUGUCUUCACUCAGAGGAGUGGAAGCCGCUGCACCUGACAGACCCAGGACCUAUUCACAUACCUGGUAUAGAGGAGAGGGCUGAGCGCCUAAUCUCAAGGUUUAAGGGCAAACCUGACAGGCCACCAAAGCCUAAGAAAAAGCCAUCCCGUUUCUUUUUAGAGCAGUGGAAAUUGUCCCGUGGUUUGACUGAGAGUCCAGGUUCACCACUCUCCUCUCCUGACUCCUCCACAAAGGAGCCUGCAAGGCCUCUGCGAUCUGAUGAUGAAAUGCCAUUAUAUGUGCUUAGUAUUCAGGAGAGGGCUGAGCAUCUUGCCUCUCAGUUUGAGGGCAAGCCAGCCGGACCAAAGCCUAAGAAAAAGCCCUCAUGUUUUUUUAUGGAACAAUGGCACCUGGCCCAAGCCCAGUCUCUCCUUGAUCCUCCCCCGUCCUCCUCUGACAGCUUGAGACAGCGCUAUGUAAGGAUGUACACAGGCGGAGUUAGCUCAUUGGCUGAGCAGAUAGCCAGUCAGCUUCAGUCUCAGGAAGAUCCUAAGCCCCAGCCUGAAAAGAGGGACUCGGGCUCCCUCAGAAAAGAGUUCCCUGUCAACAUUGGUGGCAGCGAUGUUUGCUUCUUCUGCCAAAAGCGUGUGUACGUGAUGGAGAGACUGAGUGCAGAGGGCAAGUUCUUCCAUCGGAGCUGCUUCAAGUGUGACUACUGUGGCACCACGCUACGACUGUCCUCCUAUGCCUUUGAUGUGGAGGAUGGGAAAUUUUACUGCAAGCCCCACUACUGUUACCGUCUGUCUGGCUAUGCUCAGAGAAAGAGGCCUGCUCCCUCCCCUGCUCCAGUCACUGCGAAGGAGAACCAGGCACCCCCGACCCCUGUGGCAACCGUGGAUGCCCCAGGAAGGGCGAUGGCAGCGGCAGCCCCCUCGGCCGAGCUCCAGCCCUCAGUACCGGAGGUCAAUGGCCUGCAGGAGCCCAGCUUAGCUAAACGUCUGCGGGGAACUCCAGAACGCAUCGAGCUGGAGAACUACCGUCUGUCCCUGCAGAGGGAAGAGGAGCUGGAGGAGGUGCCAGAGGAGACGCUCGCAGAACACAACCUGAGCAGUGUGCUGGACAAGGCCACAGACGCUGACCUGGGCUCCAGUAGCUCAGAGUCCGACAUGGAGGAAGAGGAUGAGCAGGAGGAUCGGGAGGAGCAGGAGGAAGUGGAGCAGGAGCAGCAACCUCACAGCCCAUCAGACCUCGGCGGCGUUCCCUGGAAGGAGGCUGUAGAGCUCCACGCCAAACUGAGGGGCAACAACAGAGAGGAGGGAGAGGAUGAGGCGCUGGCCGACGCAGUAAGCAGAGAUGGGGAAGUAGAUGAAGAGGAGGAAGAGGACGAGGAUGAAGAUGAGGAUGAGGAUGAAGAUGAAGAGGAGUCCAGUGAUGAGGGGGAUUACUGCCCCUGGGAUAAAGAGCUCCAGUUAGGCCUUUGGCUGGAGAAGUUCCUCACAGAUGAAGAGGAUGUUGGUACAUUUAAAGCCAGGAACCUGCGGGUUCAACAAGUCCUGCAGCCUGUGGAUCCCCAGGCCAUUCCAGGUUUUGCAAGAGCGCACCUGGGCUCUGAGGGAGACAAGGACGGCCAGGCGGCCUCAGCCUCCCAGCUUUCCCAACCCUCUGAGCUCACGCAGCCCUCCUCCACAGCCCCUGCCCACACAACCGCCCGACACGAGGCAGUGAGAGUCUGGUUGGAGUCCAUGUCCGGAGAGCCCUGUGAGGAUGAAGAUAUGCAAGCCGAAGCAGACAGUCCAGAUAUGGAGCCCGGUACAGAGAUGGAUCAAGAUGACAUCCCUUCAGAUGCCGAAGCCGAGGCUCGUUUGCAUCAGUCAGAACGUGCUGAAGUGCUUCCUGACGAAGACAACAAAUCAGAAAGUCUGAGAAUGUCCUCCAGUAUUGAACCAUCCAACGUCAGCCCCAUGCAGAAAGAAGAGGUUUCUCCACUCAAGCCAUCUCCAGAACCUGAAACACAGAUAAGUCUGGUGAAACCUCCUGGUACCCGCUUUUUCCCAGAACCAUUCAUACCAGAGGAAACGAAGCCUCCUUCUCCUCCUCCAGUCGUCAAGAGCCCGCUGUGCCCUUCGCCUGUUCCAGUCAAGGGUUCUUCCCCUGUUCCUUCUCCUACUCUUGCUGCCGCUGCUUCAACUGUCAGUGUUCCUGCCUCACCCCCACCCAGCUCAACCACCAAAUCACCCAUCAGCUCUCCGGUCGAGCCAGCCAUCGAGUCACCAGUCAGAUCAGCAAUCAAAUCCCCUGUUAAGUCGCCAGUUGGUUCCCCAAUCUGCUCUCAGCCUACCCCUCUCCCCGAGACUUGUUCCCCUAAAUCUCCUGUUUACCCUCAUCGCUCUAUUUGCCCUCUCACAGGCAACCCCCUGUCGCCAAUCUGCGCUCAGCCCUUGCCCUGCCAGGAACCCUCGUCACCCCUUGCCUCUGACUCUCCUGUCAGAACUCAACCUGUUCCUGGUGUCACUUCGACGCCCAUUACCAAAACAGACAAGGGGACACCUGAGCCCUCAAAAACCACAGAUACUUCAACAGUGGAAACUCCAUUGAAAAAGACAGACAUUAUUGAGGAGUUUUGGUUAAAGAGUGCUGAGAUCAGGAAGAGCCUUGGCCUGACUCCUUUGGACCGCAGUAGUAAAAUCUUAGAAAAGAGUGUUGUUAAGGCUCCACCGCAGGACUCUACCCCUGUCAAGACACAGUCUCCAGAUAUAUCUGAGGAACAGAAGCCUGCUUUUACUGGCCGAGCUGUCAUUCGCAGGCUCAACAUAACUCUCGAGGGUCAGGUCAUUACUCCCAUUGCUCCUGUGGAGCCUAAGAGUAAUGGCUCUGAUAAGAGGGACCUCAGCAGCAGCUCUGGCUUGGGGUUGAAUGGGAGCAUGGCCACGAGCCAGACAGCAAACAGUGACAGCUACAACACGUCUGACUCCACCAUGCUAACCCCGCCCUCGAGCCCACCGCCACCUGUGCCUGCUAAUCAGUCUCCAGCUGUGCUUAGGCCGCAAAGACACCAGGUAUCCUGGAGCAAUGGAGCAGAAAAAGCUCCUUCUGAGCGUGCCAAAGAGCCAGCAAAGACCAAGACUCCUGUUCCUGUACCAAGGACUCAGCUGAGCCCUGUGUCUGUGCCCAAACCCGCACCCAGGAAAAUCUCCUCACCACAAGCAGAUCCGGAAACAUCUCCAGUGGUUGUCAUGAGGGAGAAGAAGAAGCAACCACGGCCAGAGGAGGCGAGGAAGUCGUUUGUUGAAACGGUGGAGGAGAUUCCUUUUGCUGAUGAUGUGGAGGAAACCUACGAUGAACGAACACCAGACACAAGCAUGAACAGGUAUUAUACUCCGCCCACUAGCAAGUCGAGCAGGGACCGACCUCCCUUGCAUCUCGCUCUAGCAAUGGAAAAUGGUAAACCCAAUAUCCCUGUCAACACAGCCUCUAAGACCCAGAGGGCAACUCAGUUUUCCCCGGAGGCCAGGGAGAUCGCUGAGGAGCGAAUAAGGGCUAGAGAAAAGUCUGUCAAGAGCCAGGCUUUAAAAGACGCCAUGGCCAAGCAGCUAAACAAAAUGAAAGAAUCUGACAUAGAUAAGGGUGUCUCACCCAAGGUGGCUUGGAACGUAACCCCAGAGGCUGCUGGUAAAACUAAAAAGUCAGCUGUAUCUCCAAAGACAUCAGCCGUGAAAGCUCUGGAGUCGAAGAAGGCGGAGACUUUACCUGAGCGUUUCUUCAGCAGCAACAAGAGUCUGGACAGCUCAGCAGCUUCAUCAGAUGGAUCCACUACGAGUAAGAGUAAGAAACGAAGCUCCCUCUUCUCCCCACGCAAGAAUAAGAAGGAGAAAAAAGCCAAGAAUGACAGCAGCAGGCUCUCUGGCACAGAUGAGACACCUCCCAAACACAAGUCACUGUGGAAGACUGUCUUCUCGGGCUACAAGAAGGACAAGAAGAAGAAGGAUGAUAAGUCCUGCCCAAGCACACCGUCCUCGAGUUCCACCACACAGGACUCUGGCAAGAAAAAAGCUUCACCUCUUGGGAGAUCAUCAGACUUGAAAUCACGAAGAAACUUGAGCUUCUCUGAGGACUCAGACCUGUCUUGUGAUGAUGUUCUGGAGAGGUCCUCCCAGAGGUCAAAGGCAGAUUCUGUUUAUGUCCCCCACGCACUGGCGUUCAAGAGAUCAUACGCCACAAAGAAAACCUACACAGAAGAAGAGCUGAAUGCCAAGCUGACACGAAGGGUCCAGAAAGCUGCCCGACGGCAAGCCAAGCAGGAGGAGCUCAAAAGGCUGCACAGAGCCCAGAUCAUCCAGAGACAGUUGGAGCAGGUGGAGGAGAAGCAGAGGCAGCUGGAGGAGAGGGGUGUAGCUGUGGAGAAAGCAUUGAGAGGAGAAGCAGGAUUGUAUAAAGGUACUUAUACAUUACCCAAACAGCACAAAAGAAGAUCAGACUAUUGGGGAGAUUCUAAUUACAGUGAAAUCCUGGACUUGCAUCUGGGCGUUGAGCCCUUUGUUCGGAUGCCACGCCGAAGACCUCUCUCCUUCUGCCCCUGCUGUUCCCCUGAAGGCAUGGGCAAGAAAGACGAUCCCAAGCUAAUGCAAGAGUGGUUCAAGCUGGUGCAAGAGAAAAACGCCCUGGUCCGCUAUGAGUCAGAACUCAUGAUAUUUGCCCGAGAGCUGGAGCUGGAGGACCGGCAGAGCCGACUGCAGCAAGAACUCAGGGAGCGAAUGGCUGUGGAAGACCACCUGAAGACGGAGAAGGAGCUCGCUCAGGAGAAGCAGAUCCUGAAUGAGAUGCUGGAGGUGGUGGAGCAGCGUGAUGCUCUGGUUGCCCUCUUGGAGGAGCAGAGGCUUCGGGAGAAGGAGGAGGACAAGGACCUGGAGGCCGUUAUGCUCUCCAAAGGCUUCAACCUCAACUGGGCUUAAAGGAGUUGACGUGUGAUAGGCGGUCUCUGCUUUGCAUGGUCACUUGCGAUCGGAAUAUUCUGGUGAACACCUGCAGCAGUGAAUGUGUAAAGAUUCUCCCAAACACACACAAACGCAGACUAUGACUGCCUCUGCCAUUGCAGCAGUCCGCAUUGUUUACAUAUCCUCUGCCCAAAGGCAGUGCGAGUUAAUCACUCUGUGGUUCUGCUCCCUCUCUCUGGGUGGAGAGGCGAGUAGAUUCACAGCUUUAUCAUCCCAGCCUUCGAGUGAAUCCUCUCAAGCAGGGGGAGGAGGGGCAGGCCUUUGGGAGAAUGUUUAAAGACGUGUAUCAUUUUUGAUUGUCUAAAGGGAAGAAUGCAGUUUGGUCCUGCUGAUGUAAAGGAAUUGUAAAGAAUUGCGUUUAUGUGUAUAGUUGUGUAGAAAAAGUCCUGUCAACAGUGGAUGAGAGUCCUGUCUUUUUUUUCUUUUUUUUUUUUUCAAAAAGGACUGCUACAGAGGUUUGUUCAAAUGCUGGAGUGAUAUCUCCAGUCUCAAUCUGAGAUUCUCCCUUUUCACUCUGACUGGAGGAAGGACAUCCUCUGCUGAAGCUGCCUUUCUGUUCAGUGACAAACUGACAGACUCUCCAUCCUAAUGAACCACAACAGACUAAGAAAUGCUUUUUUCCCCUCUCUCAUUUUCCCUCACUGAAUGUUUAGUGAGUCAACACUAAGAAUUCAUUAAAUAUGGCCAUGUUUUUUUUAAUGUAUUUAUUAUGUUUGUUUGCUUUUAACUGUUUUUUUGUUUGUUUUGUUUUGUUUUUUUGUGCAUUCACACGAGAGUGCCCAGAAUCUCAUUAUCUUGCACUUGUGCAUAACUCCCAUGCACCAAUAAGCCAUGCAUGGCAGGAAUGAAGACUGCAGGCAAACAGAUGAACUUAAUCUUGUCUUUGAUUGCUAGGACAUAGAAGAAAGACUUAUACUACAUAUUAACUCUUGAGCAUUUCAUAUGUUUCGAUAAUGAUGGGCCUCUCUGUGACAUGCCAUCCAAUGAUCACACCGACAGUUAACGUUUACAAGUACUUGUCCAUGUUUGAUAUUCGAUGCUUAUGUUUCCUACUGUGGUGAACAGCAGCAACGCAAACCAACUGUUGAAAGGUUUCCUCUUGGACGGAGCUCUCUCCUCAGGUUCAGAUAGGUUUCCUACCACGUGUGUUAACAUCGGCGACGUUAUUAAUGAAGCUGAUUUCACUGUCAUUACUGUAGCUCACAUUACUCCUUUUGUGCCACAGGGCUGUCUCUGUUGGUAGAUGCGCUGCAAUAUCUGAGCGGUAUGACACAAGGACUUGCACACUACACAACACUUUUAUCAGUAUAUGGCAGUGUUAAUACUUAACCCUUGAACAAGAUGCCUUUUUUUCGUUUUCAUUCUUGGUACUUAAGUUAUAUUUUAUUUUCCUGAGUUGACUUCCUUUAGAAGUAGUCGUGUCUAUGUAUCCCACUGGAACUCAAGAUUUUUACUUGUCUUUUUUUUUUUUUCAAUUUUAUACAACAGGCCCCCAAACAAACAAAUGAUUUUAAAUGGGGUGCUCAAGAAAUGCAGUGUGCUAUGAGCAACUUGCAUCAAAGAGAAACAUUGUGGUUUAUCUGGUGGGUAGUCACAUCUGAAAUCCUUUAGACAACUGUAAAAAUCCAGGUGGUCACUGUUUCACAGCACAAAAACACUAGAGGUUAUAUUUAUCACUUGGUAUGAGCUGUGAAUAAAAAAAAAAAAAAAGUUACAUAAUUUUAAGGGUUGUUGUUUUAGAUGGUGUGUGAUAAGUUUGACAUGAUUGUAUUGAUAUUUAUUAACAUGUGUGCAAACUGUAUUAUAUGUAAAGAAAAUGAAUCCUAAUUUUUAAACUGUUCUGUUGACUUGUUAUGUAAAUGCUUCAUGUAGCUAAAAUGCAUAGGGUGUUGGAUGUAUGCUGAAAAUGGCAAUAAAACAAUGCAGUUGUUCUUUUAAA